GAUGUGGGAUGGAGGGGAGGGGGUGUGGAGAGGAGCCUCCCCUAUCCCCACAGCCAGCUCUGAGCCCUCCCUGAUGUGUCAGCUCGGCAUAGCAUCCUCCUGGCUAGGAGAACAGAUCUGAGGACACCUCUGUGAGGAGACCUGAAAUCUCCAACCCAGCAACUUCUCCCAGCGGACAUGGGCUCAGGCUCCUGGCACCCUCUGGGGCUGAACCUGCUGCUGCUCCUACUGGCACUGCCACAGUGGGGUCAGGCCAGCACAAGCUGUUAUGGGAUACCUGGAAUGCCAGGGCUGCCUGGGGCCCCAGGGAAGGAUGGGCACGAUGGACUACAGGGGCCCAAGGGAGAGCCAGGAAUCCCAGCCAUCCCUGGAACACGAGGACCCAAGGGCCAGAAAGGAGAGCCUGGCCACCCUGGCCAUCCUGGAAAAAAUGGCCCCAUGGGACCCUCUGGAAGUCCCGGGGUCCCUGGCCCUGUGGGUCCUCCUGGGGAGCCAGGUGAAGAGGGAAAGUACAAGCAGAAGCACCAGUCAGUGUUCAGUGUCACACGGCAGACCAUUCAGUUCCCGACAGCCAACAGCCUGGUCAAGUUCAACAGUGCAGUCACAAACCCACAGGGGGACUAUGACACGAGCACCGGCAAGUUUACUUGCAAGGUUCCUGGCCUCUACUACUUUGUCUACCACACGUCGCAGACAGCCAACCUGUGCGUGCAGCUGUACCGCAGCGGCACCAAGGUGACCACGUUCUGCGACCACAUGUCCAACACCAAGCAGGUCAGCUCGGGCGGUGUGCUGCUGCAGCUGAAGACAGGCGAGGAGGUGUGGCUGACCGUCAAUGACUACAAUGGCAUGGUGGGCACCGAGGGCUCCGACAGUGUUUUCUCAGGCUUCCUGCUCUUCCCGGACUAGGGCCCCAGGACACCCCUACUGCCCCUAGUUUCCCUCCACAAACCAGUCAGGCCAUUCUUCUCACCUAAUGGGCUCCUCCUUCAGGGAGCCCACCUUGACUCCCCAUCCCAUAUGUUUUCUCCCUCCUCUGAGCAUCUUCUGGGGUCACUACGCUGACAGUUAACCAACACCUUCUGAUAAUGCCACCCUCCCACCAAGUCUUAGGAGUGGUGGUGUGAUACAUAAAUAAAGAAUUUAAUUGACCAACA